UCAUGACAUCUCGACUAUUUAUGCAGGAGUAAGCCAUUGCAGGAUACACAUGGAGCGCACCGGCAUCGCAUAGCUUGAGUGAAGUGGGCGCUGUCCGUUACGUUUCUGAUCCAGUGGCGGGCAUGGCGGACCAGCUCAUCUCCACGGCCGAGCACGAAAGUCUGCCGGAAAGCUACGUCCGGUCGGAGACGCAGCGCCCGCGCCUGGACGAGGUCGUCGCCGACGCGCACAUCCCGGUCGUCGACCUCGCCGACCCCGACCGCGCCGCGGUCAUCGCCCAGAUCGGCGAAGCCUGCCGCACCCACGGCUUCUUCCAGGUGCUGAACCACGGGGUACCGGUGGAGCUGAUGCUGGCGACGCUGGCGGUGGCGUACGAGUUCUUCCGCCUGCCGGCGGAGGAGAAGGCCAAGCUCUACUCCGACGACCCGGCCAAGAAGAUAAGGCUGUCCACGAGUUUCAACGUGCGCAAGGAGACCGUGCACAACUGGCGUGACUACCUCCGCCUGCACUGCCACCCGCUGGAGCAGUACGUCCCCGACUGGCCGACCAAUCCACCCUCCUUCAGGGAGAUCGUCAGCACGUACUGCAGAGAAGUCCGGGAGCUCGGGUUCAGGCUCUACGCGGCGAUCUCCGAGAGCCUGGGCCUGGAGGAAGACUGCAUCAAGAAGGCGCUGGGCGAGCAGGAGCAGCACAUGGCGGUGAACUUCUACCCCAAGUGCCCGGCGCCCGAGCUCACGUACGGGCUCCCGGCGCACACGGACCCCAACGCGCUCACCAUCCUGCUCAUGGACCAGCAGGUGGCCGGCCUGCAGGUCCUGAAGGAAGGCAGGUGGAUCGCGGUGAACCCACAGCCCAACGCGCUGGUCAUCAAUAUUGGGGACCAGCUGCAGGCACUGAGUAACGGCAGGUACAAGAGCGUUUGGCACCGCGCCGUCGUCAACUCCGACAGAGCAAGGAUGUCCGUGGCGUCGUUCCUGUGCCCGUGCAACGACGUGCGCAUCGGCCCCGCCGCGAAGCUCAUCAGCGAGGACUCGCCGGCCGUCUACAGGGACUACACCUACGCCGAGUACUACAAGAAGUUCUGGAGCAGGAACCUGGACCAAGAGCACUGCCUGGAGCUCUUCAGAACCUAGCAGCAGCACCUACAUAAUACCGCACGCCUUCUGUUUUGCCUUGUUGUGCGGUUUACAUCUGUACCGUCUAGUUUGUUAAUCGAGAAUUGUCAACUCAGUCGCAAUCAGCAACCCCUCAUCAGCUUCCCUCCACAGCCAAUCGCUCAACUGAUCUCAGGAAUUCAGCACUCCUACAGCUGGACAAUGUCUGCCGGUCGUUCUUGGUGUCGACAGUUUGUUCGGACUUCAGCAGAAAGAAUCAAAGAAACCACGGAGGUCGACUUUG